AUGACAGAGCCCACGGCAAAGGACCCCCGGGCUCCGCACGUGGCGGGCGGCGCGCCCUCCCCGACCCGGGUCCGCUCCCCUCCGCUGGGACUGGGACGCGCGGACCCCGGCCCCUUCCCGGCCAGCGCCGACACCUCGCCCGCAGUCCCCCUCUCGCUGGAGGGGCUGCUCUUGCCUCGGCCUUGCCCCGGGCGGGUCUCCCCGGACGCGAAGACCCUGGACCGGCCGCCGCCGCCAGACGUGGGGGGCGCGUACCCCCGCGUGGAAGCCCCCGGGGGUGCCAGCGGAGGCAGCGCGAGAGCCCCCGACAAGGACGGCGGGCUGCUGGACAGUGUCUUGGACACGCUGCUGGCUCCCUCGGGGCGCGGCCCGGGCCACGCCAGCCCUCCCGCCUGCGAGGGCCCCGGCCCCUGGCCUGAUUCGGAAGCCAGCCAGAGCCCGCAAUACAGCUUCGAGUCUUUACCUCAGAAGAUUUGUCUGAUCUGUGGAGAUGAAGCUUCAGGCUGCCAUUAUGGUGUCCUCACCUGUGGGAGCUGCAAGGUCUUCUUUAAAAGAGCCAUGGAAGGUCGGAAGUUUAAAAAGUUCAACAAAGUCAGAGUGAUGAGAGCCCUGGACGCCGUGGGGCUCCCCCAGCCCGUGGCCAUCCCGGGCGACGGCCAGGCCCUGGGCCAGCGGAUCAGCUUCUCCCCGAGCCAGGACAUACAGCUGGUGCCGCCGCUGAUCAACCUGCUCCUGAGCAUCGAGCCCGACGUGGUGUACGCCGGGCACGACAACAGCAAGCCCGACACGUCCAGCUCCCUGCUGACCAGCCUCAACCAGCUGGGCGAGAGGCAGCUCCUCUCUGUGGUCAAGUGGUCCAAGUCGCUCCCAGGCUUCCGAAACUUACACAUCGAUGACCAGAUAACGCUCAUCCAGUAUUCCUGGAUGAGUCUGAUGGUGUUUGGGCUCGGCUGGCGAUCCUACAAGCACGUCAGUGGACAGAUGCUCUACUUUGCCCCUGAUCUGAUCCUGAAUGAAUCUCAUAGAGCUUACCUCAGCUUCAAAAUUACAUAG